AUGACCAUCGACAUCCCAACCUUGGAAGACAGGUAUAUUGAUUCUUGCAGGAGACAGGGUGUUUUGCCUAAUUCUUCUAUUUUGUCAAGCCUUGUAAAGGCUGAGGUAAAAAAGGCCAUGCAUGAGCUGUGCAGCCUGGAGAUCUUAAUUGAUGACCUAAAGGAUGUUGAUAUUGCUCCACUUCUUGACUUGUGCAUGAACUUUGAUGCUUCUGAAAUUGAAGCUGUCGAUGUACGUAAUGAAUCAUCAUGUGUAUUAAAUGGAGAAUAUGCAUUACCAUUGAUGCGUGCUGUUAAUCAAAAGCUUCGAGUAGUCCAUCUACAUGAUCUGUCAUAUGGAAAAGACUUCUUACGGGAUAUUUCACAAAGAGGUUUGGCAUGCCAAGUUUUGACAUUGAGGUGCUCACGUUUCCGGAAGCUGAACUUAAUGGGGGAGUUCAUGCAUAUGCAUACCCUAAAUCUUGAUUUCAGUUCUUGCCUGACCAGUUUCCAGGAGGACUGUUUUAAUUGUAUGCCCAAUCUAAUGCGCCUCUCAAUGUGUGAUACAAGGAUUACAAAUCUUUGGACAACUGUUGCAGCUCUCUCUAAGCUUCCUUCUUUAAUUGAAUUAAGGUUUCAAUAUUGGCAGUAUUGCAAUGAUGCUGGGACAUCUUUUAUCUCAACCAGCGGGAAGUCUGAUGACACUGCUGAUUUUAGCCUUCUUGAUAGUAUUCCUUUAUUUGGUCCCUUCACCAAUACAACAGAACUGACAGAUCCCAACUUUAGUGCUGAAGAUCCACUGAGAAACUUUUAUACUUUGGAUGAAGAAGUUAUAAAUCAUGAUGCUCAAAGCAUGGCCGAGGAUUCAUCAGAUGAUAGUGAAGAUGACUAUACUAGUGAUCAUCAUAGAUACUGGUUAUCAGAUGUUUUUCCUGGGUGGAGUUCUGAAGUGCCUCUUCUUCAUGAGAAUGUAGAUGGAGAAGAAUCAUCACAAGGUGCUUUUACAGAGCCUAUUGCUGAUGUUUCUAUGAAGUAUAUGUCUCGUCAUGCAUCACCAAUAUGCUAUGAGAAGCAUUACAGAGAGUUCAUGAUUGCUUCAUUACCAAAUCUGAAAAAUUUAGAUAAUAUGCCAAUCAGAAAGAUUGACAAGGAAAGGUCUACUGGAAUAUUUUCUCAAUAUUUUGAAUAUCUUCCGUAUAAAUGGAAGCACAAAGAGAGUGUUGUAAGUAUCUUGCAGAAGAGAGAAAUAAAAUCAGGCCACAGUAAGGUGCAAUCUUCCAAGCACGGGCCAUCUUAUCCAUCUGGGCAAUCCCAAUAUUUUUAUACUAGGUCUCUUUCUGCUGCUAAAUUGGGGUCCUCAACUUGGCCUUUCUUACAUCCCCUUUCUCUAAUAGGAUGUGAAUUGGACAAGGGCUUUCAUCCAAGGCAGUUUGAGUACCAUCCAUCUGACUCCAGUUUGAUGGUCUUUGGAACUUUAGAUGGUGAAGUAGUUGUCAUCAACCAUGAGAAUGAACAUAUUGUGAGUUAUAUCCCAUCGCUUGGAGCAAUGAAUAAUGUUUUGGGUCUCUGUUGGCUCAAAAAAUAUCCCUCCAAGCUUAUAGCAGGAUCAGACAAUGGUUCCUUGAAAUUGUAUGACAUCCACCAUAUACCAAGAAAAGUUACUGGCAUACAUGGGAAUUUUGGUUGUGUUACCUUUGAUGAAUUUGACCAGUUGACAUCUGUUCAUGUUAACUCUACGGAUGAGCUAUUUCUUGCAAGUGGUUACUCGAGGAAUGUUGCUUUGUAUGAUAUCAACAGUGGGAAACGCUUACAAGUAUUCACAGAUAUGCAUCGUGGGCAUAUUAAUGUAGUCAAGUUUGCUAAUCAUUCCCCAUCAAUUUUCGCCACUUCAUCAUUUGAUCACGAUGUGAAAAUGUGGGACUUGAGACAAAAACCAAUACACCCCUGCUUCACAGUUUCAAGCUCCAGAGGAAAUGUGAUGGUUUGCUUUUCUCCAGAUGAUCAAUAUAUUCUUGCUUCGGCGGUUGAUAAUGAGGUUAGACAAUAUCUGGCCGUUGAUGGUAGGCUUCACUUAGUUUUUGAUAUAGCUCCCACUGAAAGCUCUCAAAAUUACACCCGUUCUUAUUACAUUAAUGGGAGGGACUACAUCAUAAGUGGGAGUUGUGAUGAACACGUCCGUAUUUGCUGUGCUCAAACAGGGAGACGCCUAAGAGAUAUAUCCCUUGAGGGAAGAAACUUAGGAAGCUCCGUGUUUGUUCAGUCUUUGAGGGGUGAUCCUUUCCGAGAUUUCAAUAUGAGCGUGUUAGCAGCAUACAUGCGGCCAGGCUCCAAGUCUAAAAUUGUCAAGAUCAACUUACUAGCAUCUAGUGGACAUUGCAACAAGGAUGAUAUUGAUGAAUUGCGCCCUUGCCCGUUUCACAGUAUGGGAGCCUGA